GGUGACCGCCGUGUUGCUUUGGCCCGCCCGCAUCGCUUUUGCGUUUGCACUCGCACUUACUUUGGCAAUAGCGUUUGUUCCAUGACCCUUCAAUAUCUAGGUUUUCAAACUUUCCGCUCUUCUCUCGCCGCGUGUGAAGCAUAGAACAUCCGUUUUUAGGUCCCCACGCAUCCAGUCGAUGUUGCCUCGUGCUCAACCCUUCGAAGCGACGAAAGAUCACGGCGAAAACUUGACAUCGGCUGUUCAGGGAUGCAGCGAUGCCUAAGUCUCAAGCGAAGAAGCCUCCUGCGAAGGGCCUUGACACUUCGAAGUCAAACGCAAAGGCAGGAACACCAGCCCCAUACAAGUUCAGUGGGCAUGACUCGAUCAACAUCAGCUCGUUCGACCUUGCGCAAGUUCAGGAAUCACUAGAGCACUCCGAUGUGCCUUCAAUGCGACCGCAGCUCAAGUCGCCCAGACAAUACCCUCGUGAAUUGAACCACCCCAUGCACUGGCAGCUCCUACAGCAUGAAUUCUUGAUCUCGCGCCACAAGGCUUUAAGGUCAUCAGUGCUUUCUCAUCCGUCCACGUUACCUGCCCUCGAACCAACUUCAAAGACUCCUGAAACUCUCCCGCUCGAUGAAUCAGCCAGCAAUCUACGUCCCCCGUCGCCCGGCGAAAGCUCGACGGCCUCUACAAAACCUCCGGUCCCAGAAAUCCGCUUAUCCCCUCCCGAAGAAACAUCCAAAACCCCUCGUCAACCGCGCCCUCCGAUCGAGAACCCAGCCUACCCUUGGGAGGAAGAAGAGCUUCAAGCUCUGGAGGAUCUGCGAAAUGGACAACGUCGCUUGCAUGAAGAAACCCUCGAUGCGAUGGGGCAAAUGGCCUACUGGUCUUUCAGAGCGCAACGUGCUGCGAAUCGAGUCAAGAAAACGAUGUGUGAACUUAUGAGCUACAUGGAUGAGGUUCUGGCUGAGCAGGAGGAAGUUCAAGGUCAUAAUGAGAACGAAUGCAAUGUCGUGCCUCCAUCUUUGACGAAGUGAGUUCGUCGAAAGAUGAUCAUGGUAAUGAAAGGGUUCGCCCAAGAGAGUCACGGCAGGUUUUGCUACAUGUGUAGAUCAG